UGGGUGUGUCAGUUCUGUACCUAUCUGAACUACUCUCCUGCUACAGUGUGUGAGAUGUGUGACCUGGCUCGUCCAGAGCCUGCACCCCUGCCUGUGAAGCUCCGCCCUCCCUCUCCUGUCAGAAGGGUCCCUGCCCUGCCAAUCAAACCCAAAGAGCCCGCCCCUGAAGACCUUGACUCCUGGAGGCAGAGACUGAUGAAGGAGGAGGGGCUUAAGCUGAUUCAGUUAAUAAGAGAUGGGGAGAAGAAAGGAGUUAGUCCAGAGGAGGUGUACACAAGCAUGAGAGUAGCUGGGGACAGCAGCAUCCUACCCUGCAAGUGGUUAAAGACAGAGCUUCCUCUGCUGUUAGACCAGAUCAGGAUAUUGGUGGCAACAUCCUCCCUUAAGUCUGUUUCUGACAAGAGCACAACAGAGCACAUGAACAGGUCAUGUGACACUCCCACUGAGGAUGCUGGGAAAGGGGUGUACCCUGUAAAAACUGAAAGCGUGGUCCAGCUGUCCAGAGCAGAGGCCAAGCAAGCCUGGCUGACAGCAGGGGGUGACACUGAGAGAGCUGCCAGACAAGCACUGAGAGACAGACUUGCCAAGGUAAAGGAGCUGUGUGCAUUAGGCUUCAGUGAUGAGGCUCGCUGCCAUGAUGUUUUGAGACAGAGUGGUGGCGAGGUGAGAGGGGCCCUGGCCCUGCUGCAGCGACCCCUUCUGGAGCCCUUCCACAACCGCAUUUGGAGUGACAAGCCUGAGCCUCCUGUAGACAUCCAUCACCCUGACAAACAGCGGAUAUGUAGGAGGUUACUAGCAGUGUACGAUCUUCCUAGCUGGGGUCGUUGUGAGCUGGCACUGUCGCUGCUUCUGGAGCACAGUGCCCCCUACUCGCUGGAGGAUGUUGUGCAGGCUGUACGAGAGUCCCAUGACAGGGAGUUUAUCAAGAGAGUGCUUGCUAAAGAGUGUCCCAUCUGUCUGUCUGUCUUCCCCCACAGCAAGAUGCAGUCUCUGACAUCGUGUCAGUGUUCAGUAUGCUGUGGUUGUUUCCAGCAGCACUUCACUAUCGCUGUAAGGGACAAACACAUCAGGGACAUGGUGUGUCCGGUCUGCUGGGAACCCAACAUUAACGACCCUGAACACCUCAACAGCUACUUCUCCACUCUGGACAUCCAGCUGAGAGAGUGCCUGGAGCCAGAGGUCUAUGAGCUGUUCCAUAAGAAACUGACAGAGCAGGCUCUAAUCAAGGAUCCCAAGUUCCUCUGGUGUUGUCAUUGUUCAUAUGGGUUUAUCUAUGAUGGAGACCAGCUGAAGGUUUCCUGUUUUCAGUGUCGCAACAGUUUCUGUGCUCAGUGUAAAAAGCCUUGGGAGUCUCAGCAUGCAGGUCUGUCCUGCGAACAGUACCAGUCAUGGAAAAGAGAGAAUGAUCCAGAGUAUCAGAGACAGGGUCUGGCUGGAUACCUCAGAGACAACGGCAUCACCUGUCCUAACUGCCGCUUCCAGUAUGCGCUGUCUAAAGGAGGCUGUAUGCAUUUCUGCUGCUCACAGUGUCGUUAUCAGUUCUGCAGUGGCUGCAACAACCCUUUCCACACUACCUGUGCAGUGGAUGAGUGCAGUGUGUCUGGACUACAUGCCCAUCAUCCCAGAGACUGUCUUUUCUAUCUGAGAGACUGGGAACCUUCCAGACUGCAGGCUUUACUCCAGAAUAAUGAAGUGGCCUUCAACACUGAACCCCCUCCUGGAACACAGACAGGUCUGUGUGGAGUGAUAGAGCAGAAGGAUGAGGGAGGGCAGCAGCCAGAUUCAGCCUGUGGAGCUCAGACCCAACCUGGACAUGCUGGACUCUGCGAGAAGCAUUACCGGGAGUAUCUGGUCAGCCUGAUCAACAGCCACUCUAUCGACCCUGCCCCCCUCUACAGCUCCAACGAGCUGCUGCUGGCCUGCAGGAGGUACAAGGUGGAUGACACCCGUAGGGACGGAGAGGAUGGCUUCACCUACUACAGCAGACUGCUCGAGAAACUGAUGGAUGAAGUACCGCUUGGCGACAAGGUACCUCGUAAGAAAUAAUGAAUGCUUUACUUCCUGUUUCUUGUUUUCUUCAGUCCGUAUGACUUGAGAUUUGGCACAGAUGUACAUCUCAGUGUUUUCUACAAAAAGCCUCUUGGACAUUAAACACCACUAUGAUGGAUUUUUUUCUAUAAUGUGAAGAAUGGUCAUAUGAUAUAGACUUUUUGAAUUCUGAAUCUGUCAAAACCACAUUUGGUAUAAAAUAUUACUGUACUGACAUAGACAGUUAUGUUAUAAAUGGCGAAGAUCUAUAAAAAAUACAUGGCUGCCAUCAAUUGAAAA